AUGUCCGAGACCUUCGAGUUCCAGGCUGAGAUCUCUCAGCUUCUCUCGCUGAUCAUUAACACCGUCUACUCCAACAAGGAGAUCUUCUUGCGAGAACUCAUCUCUAACGCCUCCGAUGCUCUCGACAAGAUCCGCUACGAGUCCCUGUCCGACCCCUCCAAGCUCGACUCCAACAAGGACCUGCGUAUCGACAUCAUCCCCGAUGCCGUUAACAAGACCUUGACCAUCCGGGAUACCGGUAUUGGUAUGACCAAGGCUGACUUGAUCAACAACCUCGGUACCAUUGCCCGCUCUGGUACCAAGCAGUUCAUGGAGGCUCUCACCGCUGGUGCUGAUAUCUCCAUGAUCGGUCAGUUCGGUGUUGGUUUCUACUCUGCCUACCUCGUUGCCGACCGUGUCACCGUUGUCUCCAAGCACAACGAUGACGAGCAGUACGUCUGGGAGUCUGCUGCCGGUGGUACCUUCACCCUCACCCAGGACACCGAGGGUGAGCAGCUCGGCCGUGGCUCCAAGAUUGUCCUCCACCUGAAGGAUGAGCAGGCCGACUACCUCCAGGAGAGCCGCAUCAAGGAGGUUGUUCGCAAGCACUCCGAGUUCAUCUCCUACCCCAUCUACCUCCACGUCCUGAAGGAGACCGAGAAGGAGGUCCCCGAUGAGGAGGCUGAGGAGAACAAGGAGGAGGACGAGGAGAAGAAGCCCAAGGUCGAGGAGGUCGACGAUGAGGAGGAGAAGAAGGAAAAGAAGACCAAGACCGUCAAGGAGAGCAAGAUUGAGGAGGAGGAGCUUAACAAGACCAAGCCCAUCUGGACUCGCAACCCCUCCGACAUCACCACCGAGGAAUACGCUGCCUUCUACAAGUCCCUCUCCAACGACUGGGAGGACCACCUUGCCGUCAAGCACUUCUCCGUCGAGGGUCAGCUUGAGUUCCGCGCCAUCCUCUACAUCCCCAAGCGCGCUCCCUUUGACCUCUUCGAGACCAAGAAGACUAAGAACAACAUCAAGCUCUACGUCCGCCGUGUCUUCAUUACCGAUGACGCCACCGAUCUCAUCCCUGAGUGGCUCAGCUUCAUCAAGGGUGUUGUCGACUCUGAGGACCUUCCCCUCAACCUGUCUCGUGAGACUCUGCAGCAGAACAAGAUCAUGAAGGUCAUCAAGAAGAACAUUGUCAAGAAGACCCUCGAGCUCUUCACUGAGAUCGCCGAGGACCGUGAGCAGUUCGACAAGUUCUACUCUGCCUUCAGCAAGAACAUCAAGCUCGGUAUCCACGAGGAUGCCCAGAACCGCCCCACCCUCGCCAAGCUGCUCCGCUACCAGUCCACCAAGACCGGUGACGAGACCACCUCUCUCGCCGACUAUGUCACUCGCAUGCCCGAGCACCAGAAGAACCUCUACUACAUCACUGGCGAGUCCAUCAAGGCUGUCUCCAAGUCUCCCUUCCUUGACACCCUCAAGCAGAAGAACUUCGAGGUUCUGUUCUUGGUUGACCCCAUUGACGAGUACGCCUUCACUCAACUGAAGGAGUUCGACGGCAAGAAGCUCGUCGACAUCACCAAGGACUUCGAGCUUGAGGAGUCCGAGGAGGAGAAGGCCGAGCGCGAAAAGGAGGAGAAGGAGUACGAGGAGCUUGCCAAGAGCCUCAAGAACAUCCUCGGCGAGAAGGUCGAGAAGGUUGUUGUCUCUCACAAGCUCAGCGGUGCCCCUUGCGCCAUCCGUACCGGCCAGUUCGGUUGGUCCGCCAACAUGGAGCGUAUCAUGAAGGCCCAGGCCCUCCGUGACACCUCCAUGAGCUCUUACAUGUCUUCCAAGAAGACCUUUGAGAUCUCUCCCAAGUCCUCCAUCGUCCAGGAGCUCAAAAAGAAGGUCGAGGCUGACGGCGAGAACGACCGCACCGUCAAGUCCAUCACCCAGCUGCUCUUCGAGACCUCCCUCUUGGUCUCUGGAUUCACCAUCGAGGAGCCCGCCAGCUUCGCUGAGCGUAUCCACAAGCUCGUUUCUCUCGGUCUGAACAUCGACGAGGACACCGAGACCGCCGAGGAGAAGGCCGCUGAGGAGGCUGCCCCUGCCGCCGCCGCCGGUGAGAGCUCCAUGGAGGAGGUUGACUAA